UUGAGUUUUCCCUCCUCCCUCCUCCGCCAUGAUGUUUUAGCGGAGCAGUUUUUAGCCUUUAGCCGUCAGAGGGCUGUUGUGGAAAGGGAGGUGCGAUGGAUGGAUGCGUUGCCCCGCUACGCUGUACAUAUUUGUGUUAGGCUUAUCCAGAAUGCGGGUUUUCACCGCCGGAUCCUCUCGGCGCCGUUGCGGAACGCUGCUGAUUCGCAGCGCGGCGUAAAUCAAUGAUAAAUCAGUGACGCCUUUUUUUUCUUCUUGGUUAUAGUUUAAAGAUUAAGGCUAGCUGGGCUAUUUAAGUGGCUACGCGGCUAGCUCCUCCUUGCUCUCUACCAUCGCAUUCUUGUGUCUCCUGCCUCAGGAAUGUUCUCCAAAAAGCCUCAUGGGGACGUUAAAAAAUCAACACAGAAAGUGUUGGACCCAAAGAAGGACGUGCUGACCAGGCUCAAACACCUCAGGAUAGUCAUAGAAAAUGCUGAACCUGCAGAGCUGAAGCAAUUCUUCGACCUGAACUACUCCCAUAUCUACUAUGUCUUCUUUGAGAACUUUGUCACCAUUGAGGUCAGCCUCAAGCAAAAAGGUCAUAAGUCUCAGAGGGAGGAGCUGGAUUCAAUCCUCUUCAUUUUUGAGAAAAUUCUCCAACUCCUACCAGAGAGAAUCCAGAGCCGAUGGCAGUUCCACAGCAUCGGGCUCAUCCUCAAGAAGCUGUUGCACACUGGGAACUCCUUAAAGAUCCGCCGUGAAGGCGUGCGUUUAUUCCUGCUGUGGAUGCAGGCCUUACAGAGCAACGCCGAGCGCGAGCAGCUCUGCAUGUUCGCCUGUCUGAUUCCCGGCUUUCCGGCUCCAAUCUGCCACGGGACCCCGCGCACUCUCGACAGCUUGAUCAACCCGCCGCUGAGUCUGACUGAGACUCAGGUCACCCCCGAAGAGAUCACUCCACUUGUUCCCCCUCAGUCAGGUGACAAAAACCAGGAAGAUCUGACUGCCUACUUCCUGGAAGCUCUGUUGAAAUACAUGGUAAACCAGGCAAAGUCUCUGGAGUGGCGCUGUAAAGAGAACCAUGAGCGUGGUUUCAGCUUCCUCUUCGGUCACUUCAGGAAGUUUUAUCUUCCUCACAUCUUCCCCAACUUCGCCAUGGAAACCAGUCUCUACAGUCCCAUGCUGGAUGUGCCUCCGAUGCGGCCGAAGCCGUACUACAGCGUGGUGCGCCGAGAGCAGGACGGCGGGGAGACGGUGUACUGCACCAAGGAGAGCUUCCUUCAAGCCCGAGUCAUCUUCAUCCGGUGGCUGGUGUCCUUCUGGCUGGAGCCACGGCCAAACACACAAACACACAUCCCAGGCACGGAGGGAGAGAACGUCCCCAAGAACAUACAGCGAGCAGCAGCCGGUCUGGCAGCUCGCUCCACAGGCAGCUCGGAGGACAGCGGAGGAAGCGGCAUUCGCUCCGAUAGCCACCUGGAUGCCAGCAGUGGCUCCUCCGGGCCGAUGGGGAGCAGCAUGGGACUCCCCGGGGGCCCCGGGUGUCCGGGUGAGCCUGAGCAAAGCCACUCCAAUACGUCCACACUGACUGAGCGGGAGCCCAGCUCCUCCUCGCUCUGCUCCAUGGACGAAGAGCAGCUGACAGACAUGGAGGUGGUGAGGAGAGUGCUGACCUGCUCCAGAACCAACGUCAACUUCAUCACAGAGAUCUUCAGACAGGCUUUUCUUCUGCCCAUGUGUGAGGCAGCAGCCAUGCGCAAAGUGGUACGUGUUUACCAGGAGUGGAUCUCCAUGGAGGACAAGCCAGUGUUUAUGAAGGAACCAGAGGAGGGUCCCUAUCCUAUAGCUUCUGCCAGCAGUAUGGAGACAGGCUCCCAACUGGGGGACAAAGAAGACGAGGGAUCAAACAGAGUGACUGACAGUGAAAUGCUGGAGUACAGCGUUCAUGCUGGAGUUCAAACUACAUUACAGGUGUUCAUCACCCACUCCUCCAACGUUUUCCUCCUGGAACCAGCCAACGACAUCAAGAUCCUUCUGGAGGAGCACGUCGACAUGUGCAAGCGAGUCCUGAACAUCUACCGCAGCCUUGUCAUGCACGAGACCAUGGACCAGAAAACCUGGGAGCAGAUCUUAUUGGUUCUGCUGAGGGUCACAGAGUCUGUGAUGAAAAGGCCUCCUUCCAUUAUGCCUCCGGGCAAGAAGAACAACACACUGUCAGGCCGGCUGGCUGGUCCCAUCUUUCAGACUCUGAUAGUAGCUUGGAUCAAAGGGAACUUGAACGUCUACAUUAGCAGGGAAUUGUGGGACGACCUCCUCUCUGUCCUCUCCUCCCUCACCUGCUGGGAAGAACUGGUCACCGAGUGGUCGCUCACCAUGGAGACACUCACAAAGGUUUUGGCGAGGAAUCUUUACACAGUGGAUCUGAACGAGCUGCCUCUGGACAAACUCAGUGAACAAAAACAGAAGAAACACAAAGGCAAAGGAAUCGGCUCGGAGGGCCAACGGCAGGUUGUGGAUCGUUCCUUCUCUAAAGGCUGGAGCAGGGACCAGCCAGGCCAGGCAGCAGCCAUGAGGCAGCGCAGCGCCACCACUGCCGGCUCACCGGGCAUCGAGAAAGCCCGGAGCAUCGUCCGCCAGAAGACUGUGGCCCUGCGUAGCUGCUCUACGGGGGACUCUCUGCUGUCCUCAGCCUUUAUCCGCAGCGCUAAGAGUGCCCCCGCUCUGGCGCCGCCUAUUCCUGUCCUCCUCCACCAUCACCACCCUUUACUCCCCCCUCUUGCCGACCAGCUGGCAGACCUCGAGGACCCGCCCAUCUCGCUGACAUCCCGCAGCUCGCGGAUGCGCCACUCGUCCCAGAGCGACGAGGCGCCUCCCACGUCCUGCUCCGAGGUUUUCCAGGGAGUAGCCUGUGACCUUGACACCCCGGCCCCAUCCUCCCUCGCGCGGAGCAGCAGCGCCUCCGACAUCAUGGAGCCUUUCAUCGCCGAGAGGGUCAAAGGUGACGACCCCAAGAGGGAUCCUGCUACGAUCCCCAACCCUUCCCACCAGCACCACUCCACAACUCCUUCCUUACUCGCAGCCAACAACCACGCAGCUCCACCACUCUCACAACCCCUCACCUCCCCUUCUCCCACCUCUUUAACUUUCCCCAAUGGUGUUGUCUCCGCCUCAGAGGGACAGGAUGACGGUCAUGUUUACGACCAGUUCUGGGAGCAGGUCGGCUCUCGGUGCCGAGGCUCCAGCUCUGAUUGGGUAACCGACUGGGACUCUGCCUUCACCGCCUCAUCUGAAAAGGUUACAGAUGAGGGUGAAGUUGGGGCCGGAGCAGAGGAGGAUGAUUUGUUCUCUUCCAUCAGGGAUUAUCUCACUCAAAAAGGAGGUGAAAGGAAGGAGGAGUCCGGAGAGAGAGACGGUUCCGGUAAUGUGUUAGAAAGCAGCGUUACCCAGCCUGCUGUGGUGCAAACAGAGGGAGCGAAAACACGAUUAGAGAGCACAUCACAGGCGUCUGAGGUGAAACAGGCAGCGAGAGAGGACAGACACGUAAGUAAACCAGUUAGACAUAGCAGUGUGGAUUCCACUGAGGAGACUGAAGCAGAUCAGAGGAGUAUCUAUGAGUGCCUGGAGUUGCAGUGUCAGUGGCCGUCUCCCAGUGUUAAAGGGAGCACCAGCAUAGAGAGAAAUGCUGAUGAAAAAAGGAUAGGGGAGGGUUCUGGGAAGACAGCUGAGUGGGAAGGAAAAGGUGACAUAUGGAGUGAAAUAGGAGAAGAAAAGCACAAUGAGAAAGCAGCAGGAAAUGAUUGUUUGAGCUUAAUUAAACAAGAAACAAACGCAGUAGAGACGAGCACUCAAAUAGCUUCCCAUACGUCAGACUCAGCGAAAAACAAGACGUCCCGCAGCGGUGCCAAGAGGCAUCACUCCGGGGGCGUCCACGUCAGCUUCCGGCCCUCCACUGAGUCCGUCCAAUUCCACAAUCCUCUGGAGAACAAGGAGGCCCACUGGAAGGCCAGACUGCGCAGGCUCAGUCACUUCCACACACACAGCCACUCGGCCGGGGAGAGGCUGGGGGGCGGAGCCGGGGCGGGGUCAGGAGGGAGGCUCGGCGCAGGCGGUGCAGGUAAGUUUGCCUCUGUGCCCGGAAUUAGCCACAGAAGUGGAGUGCAUGAGAAGUCCUCGUCGGGGACUGUUGAGGAACGCGGCGCGACGGGAGGCGGAGGCCUGGACAGCAGGGCUGGGACUGGAGGGGACAACAGCAGACUUCACCCCGGGUCCUGUGUGGGACCCGGCCUCGGCCCCGACGCUCAUUCGGAGAUUCCCUCGGCUAGCUCGGCUUCCUCGGGAGUGCGCGGACGUCUGGGGCGUUCCGCCCUGCGAUCCCGAGUGUCCCGCUCGCGCUCCCAGGAACCAGGCAGCACCGCCUCCCGCCACCACCAGGGGGCUCUUCUCGGUGGCGUUUAUAAGACUGUGGUCCACGCUCUGUCCUCCAAACCACGCCCCCGAGGCCAGGGGUCAUCCCAAGGCUCGUCGCCACAGCGGCACGGCCGGGCGGCCAUGGGCGACGCGUCGUUACGGGAUCUCUACUCCCACGUCCUGGGCUACUUUGGACGAAAGACGACGACGCCAGCCAACAAAGAGGAAGUGGUCCAGAAGGCCCGCCCGGUCUCCACCGAUGUCGGAAGCAGCAACCCAAACUUCUCCGACCUCAUGGAUGAGUUUAUUCAGGAGAGACUGAGGGCCAAAGGAACUGUGGGCCGUCGUGGCAGCAGCCCAGGGAGUUUGGAGGUUCCCAGGGACCUGCCCGAGCUCCUGGAGGCCGGUCAGAGUCCCGGGUCACGACCCUCGGAUGACCCUCGGCCCAUCGACGACCCGGGCGUCCCCUCCGAGUGGACGUCGCCUGCCAGCGCCAGCGGUUCUGAUGUCAUCAGCUCUGACAGCCAAUCAGACUCCUUCAACGCCUUCCAGUACUCCACCUGCAAGUUUGACAAUUUUACUUUCAGUUCUGAAGCGAGUGGUGGUGGAGCUGGAUCUGGAGGAGGCGGCCGAGGGAGCUCACUGGACCAGGACAGCCUGGGUGGGGGCGUGGCCUCUGAGGAACAUGAAGUAGCCAGUUUGACAACACUUCAUAUUGACUCGGAAACGAGCAGCCUCAGCCACACUGUCACCGUCACUGGUUCAGAGAGCGCGUCGCCCAUGCAUUCCCUCGGUGGUUCCCGGUCUCAGACACCCUCACCUGCCACGCUGACAGCAGAUCACGCCGAUCACACACACUCCCAUUCACACACGCACUUGCAGCUGGACCAGAAACUCCACAACUCCGUUCUCCAGACCCCUGAUGAUCUGGAAACCAGCGAGUUCCCUAGUGAGGACUGCAGCGUGAUGGCAGGCGGCUCCCUGACAGGAUGGCAUGCGGACGUUGCCACGGUGAUGUGGCGGCGGAUGUUGGGUAUUCUGGGGGACGUCAACAGCAUCAAGGACCCUGAGAUCCACGCUCAGGUCUUCGACUACCUGUGCGAACUGUGGCAGAACCUGGCGAAGAUCAGGGAUAAUUUGGGCAUUUCUCUGGACAACCAGUCGUCUCCUCCACCCCCUGUUCUGAUCCCUCCUCUCAGAAUCCUCACUCCCUGGCUUUUCAAGGCCACCAUGCUGACAGAGCGUUACAAGCAAGGAAAGCUUCAUGCCUACAAGCUGAUCUGCAGGAUCAUGAAGAGAAGACAGGAUGUCUCUCCCAACUCCGACUUCCUCACCCACUUCUACAACAUCAUGCACCAGGGACUGCUGCAUCAAGACCAGGACAUUGUGAACACUAUCAUCAAACACUGCAGCCCCAGAUUCUUCAGUAUUGGUUUACCAGGAGCCACCAUGUUGAUUCUGGACUUCAUCAUCGCAGCUUCUCGAGUCACUGCCUGCUCGUCACUUAAUGCUCCACGAGUGGAAGCGCAGAUCCUUCUUGGAUCUCUGGUGUGUUUUCCCAACUUGUACGGGGAGCUUCCCGCUCUCCACCCGACCACUGCUGACGUAGUGCUGAGCAAGUUCCCCGAUGUCAAGGAGCACAUCAUCAAAACCAUCCUGACCUCCGCCAGGGAUGAACCGUCUGCUCCUGCUCGGUGUGUGGCUCUGUGCAGCCUGGGGAUCUGGCUGUGUGAGGAGUUGGCUCGCGGGACUCAGCAUCCGCAGAUUAAAGAUGCUCUCAAUGUCAUCUGUGUCACCUUGAAGUACCCCAAUAAGAAUGUCGCACUGGUGGCGUCGGACAUCCUUCACCUCCUGAUCAGUUAUGUGGAUCAUCUGCAGAAAUUUCCCCCUGACACUCCGAAGAAGAUCGUAGAGAUCCUGAUUGCGACCAUCACUCACUUGCUGCCCACCACUGAAUCGUCUCCACAUGAGCUGGAUAAAAGGCUGGUGGUUUCCUUGUUGUUAUGUCUUUUGGACUGGGUGAUGGCACUCCCACCAAACACUCUUCUUCAGCCUGUACAAACGCGGAGCCCGCCGGAGAGAGACCAGCCCACUAAAACCCUGCUCAGCUGCAUAUACAAGGUGUUACAUGGCUGUGUUUACGGAGCGCAGUCUUUCGCCAGUCCCAAGUAUUACCCGCUGCAGUUGUCGGACUUGUUGGGUCCGGACUACGACCCGUUCCUGCCGCUGGAGAGCCUUCGGGAACCGGAACCGCUGCACAGCCCCGACUCGGAACGCUCCAGCAAACUGCAGCCGGUCACUGAAGUUCGUAGCCGCAUUCAGCAGGGCCUGGUUUCCAUCGCAGCCAGAACAGUAAUCACCCACCUGGUCAACCAUCUUGGGCACUAUCCCAUGUCCGGGGGGCCUGCGACUCUGUCCAGUCAGGUCUGCGAGAACCAAGACAACCCGUUCUGCGAGAGCGCAGACCUUGGACCAGAACUGUUCCACUCUCCGAACCUGCAGUUCCUGGUUCUGAACGGCUCCACGCUGCUCUCAGUGCUGCAGAUCCGAUCGGAGUCUGGUGUGCCGGGAGGCGGAAUGACAGCCGGUCUGUCCUCCGCUCCUACCUGCGUUCGUGUCAUCAUCCGAGACGUGGCCGGGAAACACUCGUGGGACUCAGCGGUGCUUUACGGGCCUCCGCUGUGCUCCCCGAGCAGUCCGCCGCACGCGCUCCUGACGCACACGCAGCCGCCUCACACCGCGGCUCUGCAGUUACGCACCCCACCGGGAGGUCCGCCGAAAAAGAUGGAGGCAAAGCGGGAUGAUUGCGAGGAAGACGGGCAGGGAGAGAGGGGGGCAGCAGACGGGGCAGGAAGCGGGAUGGAGGGGGAGAAGCAGGAGCUGCAGGGAGAGGGGGAUGAGGAGGAGGAGGAGGAGGCAGAGGAGAGGAAGGCCGGCGAGGGGGAGAAGGAUGGGCUGGGAGACGAAGACGAGUACGAGCAGCAGCGGCAGGAGGAGGAGAGGAACGAGCAGCGGACCGACGGGGGGGUGGACGCUGGGGAGUCGGGCUUGGAGCAGCUUCUUGCUCCACCAUUGGCUAAGCGAGUGUGUCGAGAGGCGGUGCCAGCGUGGGAUUCACUGAGGGAAGGAGACGACGCGCUGGAUGAAAUGCUGCAGUACCUGGGAUACUCCAGUCCCGAGUGUCUACAGAGGGCCGGUAUGCCGCUCAACAUCCCCGCUCCUCCUCCGGCGUGCGUCUCAGAGAAGCAGGAGAACGACGUGAUCAAUGCCAUCCUGAAGCAGAGCGCCGCAGAGCGAGAGUUUGUCCUCCAUAGAGGCGAGGAGUUGAACAUGAGGGCAGUGCAACAGGCCGAACCAGAAACCCAGACGCCACAGUCGGCCUUCUACUACAGCAGACUUCUGAUCAACAUACUGGGACUCAACUCCUGGGAGAAGAGGAGCAACUUCCAUCUGCUGAGAAAGAACGAAAAGCUGCUCAGAGAGCUGAAGAAUCUGGACUCACGGCAGUGCCGCGAGACUCACAAGAUUGCUGUAUUUUACGUGGCUGAAGGUCAAGAAGACAAACACUCCAUACUAACAAACACAGCUGGCAGCCAGGCGUACGAGGAUUUUGUUUCUGGACUUGGCUGGGAGGUGGACCUCACCACCCACUGUGGCUUCAUGGGAGGCCUUCAGAGAAACCGCAGCACCGGCCAAACCACGCCGUACUACGCCACUUCCACCACUGAGGUCAUCUACCACGUCUCCACGCGCAUGCCCCACGACCAGGACCACAACCUCACCAAGAAGCUCAGACACCUGGGAAAUGACGAAGUCCACAUCGUUUGGUCGGAACAUUCCAGAGACUACCGCCGAGGGAUCAUUCCCACCGAGUUCGGGGACGUGCUGAUCAUCAUCUACCCCAUGAAGAACCACAUGUACUCCAUCCACAUACUCAAGAAACCAGAGGUGCCGUUCUUUGGUCCACUUUUUGACGGCGCCAUAGUGGACAUGAAGAUUUUGCCCACCAUGGUUCGGGCCACAGCCAUCAAUGCGAGCCGAGCUCUGAAGUCUCUGAUUCCCCUGUACCAGAACUUUUAUGAGGAGCGGGCUCGGUACCUCGAAACCAUCGUGCAGCACCACCAGGAGCCGACGACGUUUGAGGAUUAUGCGGCUCGGGUCUACAGCCCCGCCCCCUGCACCCACCUGCCCUCGGACACAGGCUCCUGCCUCGAGAUUCUUCGGGGAGAAAGUCCGGCUCUUGGGGAGGCCGGGAGCGACUCGGCGUCCCCCAUGUCUCCUCGGACUAGCAAGAGCCGCAUGUCCAUGAAGCUGCGGCGCUCCUCCGGAUCGGCCAAUAAGACCUGAGCUGUCGGCCUUCAACGGGACAUCUCAUAUCAGAUUAGUGUGGAAAAUAAAUCUAUACAUAAAAGCACUUGAUGUCCCUCCCAUCAGCCAAUCAGAGGCGGCCACUCCUCAGAACACUCCUCCAGGCCAAAUUGGGUCUUUAAUUAUCUUUCAAAAUGAAAUGGGGAUGUUAACAGAACUACAAGUGAAUAUAUAUGUAACAUAUCCCGAUAUGGCUCCCAGCUCUGCAGCUCUCUGAUUGGCCGCUGGGCUUUCACGCAUGAAAAACGCCCCUGAAAAUAUCUGCAUUGUAAACUUCUGUGGAUUGAUAUACUGUAACUUCACUCACAUCGGUUGUAUAUAUCUCCAGCUUUGCAUCAGAUAUCCACAGCAGUGCAGUAUUAGUCCCUAACACUGUGUGCCAUGAUGCAAAGUGCACAGAUGCCACUUGUAACUGCAGAAAGCUUCGGCGUGCCGCCUCACAUGUUGCUUCCAGAGACGAGACUGACAAACAGAGAGAAGCAGAUGCGUUGUAUAUUUGUACUGUAGUCUGUGUGUGUUUGUACAGAGAAACGGGAGGAAGGUGCCGCACGCAGAAAGCAAAGUCUAUUUUUGUUCUUAGCGCAGCACAGGCCUCAAGAGCUUUUUUGUUUAGUCCUCGUGACAUGUAAAUACAAAUUUAAAGAAGGUAAAAGGACGUCUUUGUGGACGCGGUGGCCAAAAAAAUGUUUCCAGGAAAGUGUUAGAACCAGGGUGGAUGUUGUUUUACAAAAUGAGACAGAGGACAGAGCUUUGUUGUGCAUUAACCGGACAGAGAUCAAAGAAGAAGCCCUUGUUUCAGGUUAUUCAGUUUUCUUGCUCAUGCUGCAAAAAACGAGGACAAGCACUGAUGCUCGAUGCAUUUGUUUUCUCUUUUUUUUUCCUUUUAAAAAUGGGCUGUAAAAUUGUUUCAACUUGAACAAGAAUGAUCAAUGCUGUAUUUGUCAUCCCUCUGUCAUCUGAGGCAAGAAGCCUCGGCCACUCUUAGUUCUCGCGGUCAUAUAUAUAUUCUGUAUGUCUAUAUAUGUAUGAGCAAAAUGUAUAUAUAUAGUAGAUACCCGAAUAUCUAUAUGGAUGUGUACAGUGUGAGGAGGGUUGCUGUGUAUAUACGGUUCUGUGAGAAUAGCUGCCAAAGCCAAACUGUGUGUAAACUUAACACCAUGUAUUUACUACAAAUAGGGCAACACUACAACAUUUCUUCCUCUCCCGCACUUCAUUCUCCACAAACUGUAACAUAAUUUCACUGUUUUGUGUUCAGUGUGCCGAGAGUCGUGUACGCUGAACUGCACCCCACAGACAAACGCGAAGCAGUUUGAGGUUUGUGAUGCCUUCAGACCUUACAGCUGCCUAUGAGGGCCGCAUGCAAGAAAUAUUUAUAGUCUUUGUGUUUUGAGAUGAAGGAAAAAUGUUAAAUUGUCAGGAAUGAAAGUUUUAAGUCUCUAAUAAAAAGACAAAAAUUGGAAUAAAUUUCAAUAAACACUAAAAUGUUGACAUUGUGACAGUUGAAGGAGUAAAGGUGAAAUGUUGACCUGAAAAAGGAAAAUAGAUCUGACCUUUAAAGGAAAAGUGUUAACAAUAAAAGAAAGCAUUUAGGAAAGAACUUUGAUGUUACAUUUAAGGUGUAAAAUAAGUACAAAAGUAAAAAAUGAAACCGAAACAUCAAAAGUAAUUAAAACAUUUGUGGAGUUAAAUUAGAGAAAUUACUCUCAGUUGUUGACAUUAGAGACAAAAUGUCAAGAAUAAGCAUAGUUUAUUGUAAAAUGUCAGGAAUAUACAGAACAUUAAGAGAAAAACUUUGGUAGAGUAAUAACUACACAAAGGAAAAAAUGUAGACUUUGCAACAAAAAAAAAAGAUAUGGUAAAAUAACAGAGGUCAAAUUUUAUAACUUUAAUGUCAAAUUCUCAAGAC